AUGGUUCGUGAAGUCAAAGGCAAAGACACCAAACCGUACGAGAAAUCACGACUUGUUGUUCAAGGACAUGGCGACUUUGAGAAGACCACCCUACUAACGCAAUCUCCGACAAUUCAACGCGUUAGUCAAAGACUCAUUUUAGCUAUUGCCCCCGGACUUCUUCAAGGCAACGGCAUGACCCUUUCCCUUCGCGACAUCACUCAAGCAUACCCACAAUCCCAAACCGAGCUAUUCCGGACAAUUCUGACCUAUUUGCCCACCGAAUUGCAAGGAAAAUACCCCCAUGGAACGAUCAUUCGUGUUAUCAAGCCCCUAUACGGAAUUGCAGAAGCUGGAGUCCAUUGGUAUCGUACAUAUCAACAACAUCACCUCAAGAACCUUGAUAUGUCUACUUCAACCUAUGAUUCCUGCCUUUUGAUCACAAACACAGGCCCUAACACGUUUGGCAUUGUUGGAAUGCAGACAGAUGAUACCCUUAUGCUUGGAACAGACAGCUUUUCCGCCCGUGAAGAAGAAGCUCGAGGAAGCACAAUUUCGAGCCAAACCAAAGACAUCGAUGACCCCAGGAACAACGGUUGA